UAAAUACUGCCUCCUCCUCUCUCUCUGUCUCUCAUUAUUCACAAGAUCUUCCUUGCUUUCAAGACCAAAUCUGAAGUUGUACUGAUAAUCUUUAUUUAUAUAUUGCUGCCUCCUUGUCCUUUUCACUGGAUCUCUCUUCCCUCAUAUCUCUCCUUCCCGCCUCCCGUCUCUGCUCUGUUUUACUUUUAAUUCAUUCACUGCUCUUUCUAUCCGGCUAGGGUUCUCUUCCGUUUCGGUUGCUUCUUCCGGAAGAUCUUAUCUCCACCUGCUUAGGAACUAAGCUGAUAGAAAAAUUCUCAGAAUUUUCUCGGAUAAAGGCGGUCAAUCUUUUUCACUAUGAUUCCCCAGCUUCUGAUAUCCGCUUGACUUCUCCUGCUUGCUUCGAACUAUAUAGCGGUAGGACGUGACGAAGUGAGGAUACGGGAGCAUUUUAUGGAUUCCAAUUCCUUUCUCAAUUAUCAGCACCAACGUCAGCCCAAUUCCGGGUUGCUUCGGUUUCGCUCUGCCCCGACUUCGGUUCUUUCAAAUUUCACCCAAGCCCUUGGUUCUGAUCUCGGCAAGGGCGAUAAUCCGUGGGAGACUUCCGAAUCCGAUAAAUUAAUCUCUAGAUUCGUAAAUAACAACGAACCGGAUUCUCCUGGUUUCCAGGAAUUCGAAGCCAAGGCCCCUGAAGCACCGGCCGAGACAGCACUCAACCAUAUGAACUCUUAUAAUGGUUUGCCCCCUCACUACCCGAGGCAAAAUUCUACGGCGAGUUCCGCCAUGGAUAGUUCAUAUGGUCAUGGACUGGUGGGUUCAUUUGAAAUGGAUCCUCAAACGCAGCCGAAGGGCUUCACUCCGAAUCUUCUCAGGCAAAGUAGCUCCCCUGCCGGGCUUUUCUCCAACACUUCCUUUCCAAACGGGUAUUCCAAUUCUACCAUUAAGGGUGUUGGAAACUAUGGUGGGUCGAAUGGCAGGAAUAGUGAAGGGAGUCCGUCCAUGAGCAGAUUGAAGAAUCAGUUCGGGUUCUUAUCAAGAAGUGGUUCUUCCCUGGGAAUGUUAUCACAAAUCUCUGAGAUAGAGGGUGAGAACACCGAAGCAACCAACCCUGACAACGGGGGUUUGGGAUCUGUCAAUGCUUUUGACCCUGGGUUUCCGUACAGUUCCUGGAAUGAUACGUCCCAUCUCUCAGAAAAUCUCGGUGGCUUGAAAAGAGAGCCAAGUAACGGUGAAAAAUUAUUCUCUAAUUCUCAGAAUGGACCGCUUGGAAAUCGGGUUCCUAUGUUAUCUCAUCACUUGAGUUUGCCAAAACCUUCAGCAGAUAUGAGUGCCAUGGAGAAGCUUCUUCAAUUCCCAGACUCUGUUCCUUGUAAAAUAAGAGCAAAGCGAGGCUGUGCUACCCAUCCUCGAAGCAUUGCAGAAAGGGUUAGAAGAACUCGGAUCAGUGAACGGAUGAGGAAACUUCAAGAGCUUGUCCCAAACAUGGACAAGCAAACGAACACAGCAGACAUGUUGGACUUGGCUGUUGAGUACAUUAAAGAUCUUCAAAAACAAUUCAAGACUCUCAGCGAGACAAGGGCAAACUGCAAAUGUAUAAGCACGCAGAAGUCAGAUACAAAUCAUGUUGUUUGAGUUGCUGCUGUGCUGGGUAGUAAGCGAAGCAUGCAAUGUGGGAUAGUGAUAGAAUCGUGCCUUACAAGUUACAUGCUGCUCGGAGAAAUUUAAGUAGGACGUUGAUGCAUAAGAUACUUUUUAAAAUCUUUAUCGCUCGCCAUACAGGAAGUUCGCUGUUCUUCACCACAACAUUUAGGUUCUUUCACGCUAGCAAGAGGGGUUUCAAUUACAGGGUCAAUAAAGGGAAUAGUUAUAUUUGUAAUUUUGUAUAGCAGAAUUGUAAUCGAUAUUUAUUAUCUAUCAGGUGAAAGUAAUUUACCAUCCUUCUUUUUUCAAAAAUAACUUCUUUCGAAUAAAACUAGUCGCGUUUCAGGGAAUUGUUGCGACUUGAAUGAGGUGUAGAUGUGAAUCGCCAUUUAAUU